AAUGGCCAGAUAAAGAAGAGGAAGCGCCGGUUUCCUUUAACGCUAGGACCGGGUUAAACGGGAAACCCCGCUCUCCCGCCUCAGCUCUUUGGGUCCUGGCCCAAGGGGAGAGCUGUCGGGAGAAGCGGAGCUCCCCGGCUCGGCUGGAGGGCAGGGGCGAGCCCCCGGAAAGGUGGGUGCGCCCGGAAGAAACGCGACGGUGCGGUGCCGGAGUCCUAAGGAACCACGCGAGCCCCAGCCCAGCAGGACCUCGUGGCGCAACGGUAGCGCGUCUGACUCCAGAUCAGAAGGCUGCGUGUUCGAAUCACGUCGGGGUCAUGGCUUUUUCCUUUUGAAAGCCUUUCCCGGUGUUCCCGCCAUUCUUCGAAGACGCCUCUGCUGAAGGACUGACGGGCUGCUGCUGCCACUGCUGCAGGUGGCCCUGAGUGAGUUCCCGCAGACAGAAGAGGAAAUGUGGGACUUCCUAGGAGAAAAGAGUAAAGAGUCAGAGAAAAGUCAGGCUCUACUGGGUGUCCCCGGAAACUGGCAAACACACCCCCGGAGCGGGCCUGAUGCAAAGAGUAACGGGGGAGAGAGCGAGGUGGGGAGCCGCAGCAAGACCCCCAACUUCAGCGGAAGUAAUUGCAUCACGCUGAUCUUCGAAGCAGGUGACGAAGACGAUGACCACUGUGAUAGGGAGCAGCAUCUCCCGCAGUCAACGCAUGCUGCUGGGCAGGAGAGGUACAGUUAGAAGAAAGAGAUAACCGGGCCUGUGAAACAAGGCUGCUUCGCCAUCUCUAGCUAUCAGAAGGUAGAGGUACGACAAUUAAAGUGGGCCAAAGGAUCUCUGGCCCUUUCCUUUUUUAAAAAAAAAAAAACACAUUUUCAUGAGUUUUUGAGACAUGGGAUUUCUUUAACUAAAAAAAAACAAAGAGACAUUAUUUAUACUGGCUUGAUGGCUUUUGUGCUCUAACUCUACUUUCCAGUAGACUCCAUGAGAAUCUGGUUGUAAUUUCUCACUGCUUGGAACUGCUUUGCAGUGAGUACUUGGGUUGCAUUUGAUCUGCACCUGGAGAUGUUCUAGACUUUGGACUAGGAUAGGAAAAAAGUGAAACUUCCCAAUUACAGAACUGUAAGCCACCAUCACAUGAUUAUUUGUGUUGGGGUCGUGUGAUAGCUGGAAUUGGGCCUUGGAUGCUGGUCUUGUGGUUAUCAAUCUAUAGGAACCGAGAGACCUAAUCCAGCAAUCCAGGCUGUUGAAAAGUCGAGUCAGAACUGCCCUCCUGUGCUCCAGGGAAAACAGGGCAGUAUGUUACUUGGUGGUGGGAUUUCCUCAAUGGCUCUUUCUUCCCAUUUGUGGCAAAAGUUGGUAAAGCUGUUGUUAUCUCCUGCUUCCCUCUAUAGUAUUUCUAAACAUAUAUUGCACUUCUCUUACCAGCAUAUGCUUUUGUUUUUUUCCCUAAUUUCCAACUUCUGGAAAGGGGACAGAAGUGGAGGUGGGGCCUGGAAGGCUCUGCAGUCCUCUGCUUGGGGUGCAGAUGCUGCCGUAGCACCUGUCCCUGCUGCAGGCUCAGGGAAGGCUCUUGCUCAUGUUUCUCUGGAGAUGGUUUUUAAUCCUCUGAUGCUUCUGUCUUCCUCUUAGAUUGUGUACCCAGAAUCCCACCUGCUCUCUCUAUAAUAGUGAGCUAUAGAAUAACUCAGUAAAGAGUAACGUGGUUCUACUGGACACAAGAGGAAUAGAGUCAGUGGAUAGGGGUGGUUAUAAGCCUCUAGAGAAGAAAAUGAAAAAAUUUCAUUUUGCCAGGCAUG